AAUGGCAGAACAAGUGGUUCCUAGUAGAAUGAACCUUGCUUUGUAUAAGGCUAAGAUUAUAUCAGCCAAAAAAGGUCACGAAUUGUUAAAGAAGAAAUGUGAUGCAUUGAAAACUAAGUUUAGAAUAGUGAUGGUUGCUUUAUUGGAAAAUAAAAAAUCCAUGGGUGAUGAAGCACAAGAAGCAUUACUCUUAAUAGCAAAAGCUUAAUAUGCAGCAGGUGAAUUCCAGUAUUAUUUAUAUUAAUAAUAGCUAAAAUGUUAAGGAUGCUGUAAAGAGAGCCACAAUCAGAUUGGAAAUCUCAAGUGAAAAUAUUGCAGGUGUCAUGUUACCUGAAGUUAACAUUAGAGAAGUUGAUGAUUCAGAUUCGAGUAUGAGUCAAAUAGGUUUGGCUAGAGGUGGUCAAUCUAUUUAAAGAUGUAGAGAUAAGUUUAAGGAUUUAUUGGUUCUUCUUAUAAAAAUUGCAUCAUAUUAAGUAAUAAAAUUGAUUGGAUUUCAAGACUUCUUUUGUCUCCUUGGAUCAAGUUAUCAAAGUAACUAAUCGAAGAGUCAAUGCUCUUGAAUAUGUUGUCAUUCCUAGAUUUGUUGCUACUAUGAAUUAUAUUGAUAUGGAAUUGGAUGAAAUGUCAAAAGAGGACUUUUUCAGGUUAAGUUAAGAAUUAACUAUAGAUUGAAGAAAGUACUUGAUAACAAAAGGAAAAUAAUAGAAAAACAAAAUUAAGAAACAGCUAAAAGAUAAUUGGAAGUUGAGGAUAUGAAUUGGUAAGAAAGAGAAAGUUAUGAUAUGUUGGCAGAAGAAUAACCUGAUGAAGAUGUAUUCUUUUGAG